AUGGCCUCCUCCACGGCCCCCAUUCCAAUCGACCAGUCCUACGCCGACGGUUGCUCCGAUGACGACGCGCUCAGCCUCUCCUCCUCGCGCAGCCUCGCGAGCAUAAUCACGCGGUACCGGUAUGAGAACGGGCGGCGCUACCAUGCUUACCGCGACGGGCUAUACUUCAUGCCCAAUGACGACAAGCACGCCGAGUACGAGAUGCUUGUGCAUCACCUGUGGCUACUUACGAUGAAUGACCAACUCUACCUCGCGCCGGUGGAGCAGCCGCUGAGGGUAUUGGAUGUCGGGACGGGGACGGGGUUGUGGGCCAUAGACAUGGCGGACCGCUUCCCGGCGGCAGAGGUCAUAGGAACCGACCUCUCUCCCACACAGGUCAAACACGUCCCUCCCAACGUCCGCUUCGAGGUCGACGAUUUCUGCAGCGAGUGGACCUAUCCCGAAAAUACGUUCGAUCUCAUCCACCUGCGCACCCUGAUCGGGUGCGCACCAGACUGGCCUGCGCUGUACCGACAGUGCUACACCAGACACCUGCAGCCGGGCGGCUACAUCGAGCACACCGAAGUCGAAGUCGACAUGUACUGCUCCACCGAUCCGCCGUCUCCGCUGCCUGCCGACAAUGUGAUUUCAGAGCUUGCGGCCGGUCUGAUCGAGGCCGGCGAGCGGACGGGUAAGAGCAUGGACGUCGCGUCGCACGUAGCUGAUCGGCUGCGGGACGUUGGCUUCACCGACGUGACCGAGCAUGUCUACAAAUGGCCCAUCGGCCCGUGGAGCAGCGACCCCAAGCUUAAGCAGCUGGGGCAGUGGAACCAGCGCAACUGGGAGGACGGAUGCGAGGACUGGAUCUUGGCGCUGUAUACCAGAACCCUAGGCUAUACGUUCGAUGAAGUCAAGAAGGUUACGGCGGAGGUGAGGAGGGCGGCGAGGGGGAGGAGGGAGCAUAUUUAUCAUUAUGUGUGA